UGUCAAAAAAAGCCUGACUUUCUUCUCCAUACCCCAUUCUCUCUAUCUGCGCAUGUUUCCUCCAUAUAAAGUUCCAACCUUUGAGCCCAAAACACACAAACAAGAAAAGCUUCUUCCUUCCACACACCAUGAUGAUGUCUGACUCCGGCGAACCACGACAGAUAGCGAUGAGACCUCACGGCGUGAUAACAGGGCUUCCUCCGACCGCCAACGAGCAGCAAGAGCAGCUCCCUUGUCCUCGCUGCAACUCGUCCAACACUAAGUUCUGUUACUACAACAACUACAACUUCUCUCAGCCUCGUCACUUCUGCAAAUCCUGUCGCCGUUACUGGACUCACGGCGGAACUCUCCGCGACAUUCCCGUCGGCGGCGGUACUCGCAAAUCCGCGAAACGCUCCCGCACUUGCUCCUCCUCCUCCUCCGGAACCAGAACCACCAGCGUUCCGUUGCCAGCGACACCUGUUCUCUUCCCUCACUCGUCGACCUCUAACGGCGUCAGCCACACCGUAACGGCUCCGCUCGAGAACGACGGAAAGGGAAACGCUUUGUCUCUCUCCGGCAACUUCACCUCUCUGCUGAACCAGAACAACGCCGGGUCGAGUUUUGAUGACGUCAGCUUCGCACUCGGAAGAGCGGUGUGGCCGUUUCCGACCGUGGGGGAUUCCGCGACGACCAAUGUCCCGGGGGUUGCGGUGCCGUACACGUGGCAGUUCGAGGGUUUAGAGAGCAGCAACGCCGGUGAGUACUUUGCGUGGCCGGAUCUCUCCAUCACAACACCUGGGAACUCCCUCAAAUGAAGAGAAAGUCUUUUUCAUAAAGCUUCCGUCUUUACCAGAGGGUUUCCAUUUUCUAUUGGCUUUGUCAGUCUUCUAGUGUGUCUGGUCUUUUUAGAAUUUGUGUCAUGAAACUAGAAAAGCGAGAAAGUUUGUGGCUUUUUUUUUAAGGAUCUUUUACCUUGUUACUUUCUACCCUGUUAUUACAGUUCUUGCACAUGUGGUUUAGAAUUAAAAUGAGGUUAGAACAA